UCAAAUAUCUUCUUGCAUAUUUGACGUUUUCUCUUUUUAGGCAACAGGGUAAAAAAGGAGAUGAAAGGUCAAGACAGGGGUCAAUACACACUCCCACUAGUUUGUUUCUCGAUCUUUCUUAUGGAUCUGAUAGCUGGAAUUCUUGGCAUUGAGGCCGAGGUGGCUCAAAAUAAGGUGCAAAGUUUAACAUUGUGGGUUGUUGAAUGUAGAGAUCCAAGUUACAAAGCAUUUAAGUUGGGCUCUGCAGCCGCAUUUCUCUUGGCAUUUGCUCAUGCCAUUGCAAACUUAUUUGGCGGCUGCCAUAUCGUAAGGUCCAAAUUAGAGCUUGAAACAGUGACUUAUAACAAACGGCUGGCUUUCUCCUCUCUCGUUCUUUCAUGGAUUACACUCGUUAUCGGAUUCUCGUUGCUGGUAGCAGGAGUUAUGGAGAAUUCAAGUUCAAGGAAAUCAUGUGGAUAUUCACACCACCGUUACCUGUCUAUUGGCGGCGUUGCCUGUUUCAUCCAUUCCAUGUUUGCAGUGUGCUAUUACGUCUCUGCCACCGCAGUCAAUAGAGAAGAAAAGAAGUUGAACCCACCUGGACUGGUGCACCAGUCUGCACCGCAGAUCCCUGCUUAAUUUACUACUUUUAAGGUUUAUUUUUGUCACUAUGCAACAAGUAGCCUAGCUAGCCAUGCUUCUUUCCCUUGUUUUUUUUUCAUGAGUGUAAGUGGUUUGCUUAAGAGCACUUAAUUUGGUUCGAUGUAUCUGCUUAAUUUAAAUUAUUAAAUUGACACGUUCUAAGAGAAA